GGAAAAAAAAUAACCAUAAUCGAAUCGCAACACUCGGUUAUCAAAAAUUUAAAAAACCGUCUCAUCGGUGUUUCGGUUCGGUUAUUGUACGAUUAAUUCGGUUUUAUACUCAACCGACAAUUGUACAAACUGAAGGGGGGGCUUGAAAUCGCCGAACUAGCGGCAAUGAUGGCGAGCAGAUCAGUAGGUAAUUCAUGGAAGCAAUUAUCUUUCAACUUAAUCAAACGAAGCUUUAGCACAUCUUCAAACCCUAGCACAGCAGCAACAGUGUCGAAAUGUAAGAGAAAGAAGAAGAAGAAGAACCUGUUCGAGGUGGCUGAGUUUCUUCCGAAUUGGGGGAUUGGUUAUCAAAUGGCUAAAACUCACUGGUCGGGUGUUGCUUAUCAGAUCACCAAGAUUAAUCUCUACAAAGAUGGCAAGCAUGGGAAGGCUUGGGGGAUUGUUCACAAAGAUGGUGUACCGGCUGCUGAUGCUCCAAAGAAAAUUAGCGGGGUUCACAAACGUUGUUGGAAGUACAUUCCUAACUCAAACAAAACCGAACAAGUCACAUCUCCACCACAACCCGAACCAGAAGUUCAAGCCACAUGAAAAAUUACUCAUAUGGAUGGCGAGGGACUGGUGGUUGACUUUACUUGUAUGUGCAACGAUGGGAAUGUGGAAACUGAGUGAAGAAAUGAUCUCUUAACCUGAAGCAAAAUAAAUCCUUUUUAAUGAUUUAGUUUUAUCUUA